UGAGGGCGGCAGAGCCUUGAAGAGCGGGAAAUAAAACCCAAUUAAACUAGCUUAGCUAACCUGCGACUGCUCUAAAGUUUCCUACCUUUGGCACAUGGAAACAAACUAACAAUAGUCUAUAGAUACAUGUUUCUCUGGUUAAAUACAACUAUAACAAUAUAAAUGUAACCCAUGUAGCCCACCUAUGAAUAUGAGUGGUUUAGGACGAGCUCAAUCUGGUAAGCGCCAGAUAUUUUCCCUUCGUUCAUACUGCAGAUAGACUGGUGUUGAUGACUCUGAUACAGGCUCGGCUGUCCCUGGCUGUGUGCACCUCCCUUGCAAGGUGUUUUAACUUGAGCUGCCAUUGUCUUGCUGAAUUAUUUGUUUCCACUUUACUUGUUCACGACAUCUAGUUAAGCACGGUGUCCACGAUGGAGAACGAAAUAACCCUAAUCUCAAUCUGCACGCAGACCAGCACUCCCUCUCCUCCUCCUGCUCCAGUGUCUCAAGACCCCAGCAACGACACCUCUCCCUCUCACCAUGCCCUCCGCUUUGGCACCGUCAUCCCUAACCGCAUCUUUGUGGGAGGCAUUGAUUUCAAGACCAAUGAGAGCGACCUGAGACGCUUCUUCUCCCAGCAUGGAGCAGUGAAGGAGGUGAAGAUAGUGAUUGACCGUGCUGGGGUGUCAAAAGGAUAUGGCUUUGUUACCUUUGAGACCCAGGAGGAUACAGAGAGAAUCCUUCAUGAUGCUGACAGACUGUGCUUCCGGGACAAGAGGCUCAACAUCGGCCAGGCCGUCCGCAAGCAACAAGUGGGAGGUCACCAAAACAGCUUCUCUGUGUCCAGCCAUACUCCUGCCAUGAUACCCACCCCCUGUGGAACCAUGUACCUCACCACCCCUACGGGGUACCCCUACACCUACCACAACGGAGUGGCUUACUUCCACACCCCAGAGAUGAGCCCCUCCGCCCCCUACCACUGGCCCUCCCGCUCAGUGCCUGGCUCUCCAGUCAUGCUGACCCACCAGCCUCCACCCAUCUACCAGCAGCCAGCCUACCAUCACUACCAGGCCCCUACACAGUGUCACCCUAGUCACCUGCAAUGGAACGUUCCUCAGUCUCCAGUGCCCUCCAGCCCAGUGUUGUACAUGCAGCCCUCUGAGCUCCUGUACCAGCCCAUGGAGCAGCCCAGCGACGGGGGCUGUGUCCAGCCUGCCAUGCCCCUCAUAGAGGCCCCCAUCCCAGAGCAGUUCAUCGACCACAUGGUGCAACCAGCCUACAAUCACACGUUAUCAUACUACCCACAAAGUCCAGGGGGGAUGACACCUGUGAUGAUACAGCAAGAACCAGGAAAGGAACAGAAGUUCCACGCCAUGAGGCGAGGUUACCCCUCCUCGCCGGUCAGCCUGAAGCCCAGGUACGGCCGCAACCCGCACUACGCCCACCUGCGCAAGGAGUACCGCCCAGAAAUCACCACUGACCCCUCCCCUCCGACCGCCACCGAACCACUCAAGUAGAGUAUAUCCACGUUUCCUUUCAGCCAAUGAAACGCCCAUCUCCUCAGGCAGAAAGACCCACUUCUCUAUCUCUCUACCCGCUUGUCAGUCUCUCCAUGACCCUGUCUCCUCCAACCCUUCACACGCAUCAUAUUAUUCAGUCCAGACAACUAUGUGCUCGCUGAAUGUUCAUCUGUUUAGUAUAAUUUAACAGAAUAUUGAGAAUAUGAAUCAUUUUAGCUACUAAAAAGUACUGUAAGCACUAUGAUGUAAGUGCUCGUUCUAUCACUUCCGGACUGUGAAAAGGUGCAUAGUUUCCUCUGGUGUUUUUUCCACAACUCAGGGAGGGAUAACUAGCUCCUGGUACUGCAUGGUACCGUUGAACUGUUUCAUAACUAACCUAAUGCACGAUUGAGCUUAAAGUUAAGCUAAACCAUCUUUUGUAACAAGAAUGUUCCUCCUUUGGCAUCUGUGUCAAACUUUUGCCAUGUAAUCGUUCAGAGUAUAGAAGAAAAAGAGAACUAUUUCCUGAUACUGCUUUAUAUUGGCCAAUCACACGUUUUCUUUUUCAAAUUAGCUCUCAAUGCAAAGCAAAAAAAAGUCUAACGAAGAUUACUGCCAAUAUUAGUUCUAAAUAAAAGCUCUCUAUCUGCCAUUGAGCAUGUUUUAUCUCAAUGGUAUUAGAAUAGUCAAGAUGACUGUCUUUAUGAUGUGACUGCAAUACAUGUUGGAAAAUGUAUUUUAAAAUAAUUAGGCUGCUGUCACAGAGGAGUGCAAAUAGAUCCCUAGAGAGUUAAUCGUUACAUAAUUCUCCAACUGGAUGAAAAAAUACAGAACCAGGAGAUUAUUUUAUACACUUAGCAUUUUUAUGUAUCUCAUGUUUUCAAGAGCUGUUUCAUAUAGAUUUUGCUGUGAUUGUGAGUCUUUAAAAAACAAUGUGCCCUCCAGAUGAGGGGGUAACAUCAAAAUAACUCUGUCCACUGGACUGGGACCACAAGUAAAGUACAAUGAACAUCAGUCAAACAGAUUCACAUGGUGUUUUGUCAGCUCUGUGUGACGGCUGGGACAUUUCAACAGAUUCACAUGGUCUUUCUUCGGCUCUGUGUGACGGCUGGGACAUUUCAACAGAUUCACAUGGUCUUUCUUCGGCUCUGUGUGACGGCUGGGACAUUUCAACAGAUUCACAUGGUGUUUCGUCGGCUCUGUGUGACGGCUGGGACAUUUCAACAGAUUCACAUGGUCUUUCUUCGGCUCUGUGUGACGGCUGGGACAUUUCAACAGAUUCACAUGGUCUUUCUUCGGCUCUGUGUGACGGCUGGGACAUUUCAACAGAUUCACAUGGUGUUUCGUCGGCUCUGUGUGACGGAUGGGACAUUUCAACAGAUUCACAUGGUGUUUCGUCGGCUCUGUGUGACGGCUGGGACAUUUCAAGAUUGGAAGGUCAACAAGGCAAGCUCUUUUUUUUGCCGCUCUUUCCUGCCAGUAAAUUAUUCGCCUCGUCUUCAUCAACUUCAAUCACCCUGGGUUCAGUCAUGAGUCACCCAUGGUUCACUCAGGUCUACACGAUUUGGUUACUUUUUCUCCUGCAUCCUGUCUUGGUCUGCUCCCUCAUUGGUGAUGCAUGUAUUCUGUUAAAAACAUUUUUUUUUUUUACAAAUUGUAUUCUAUAACUGAUAAGCCAUGGGUGUCAGAGUUAAAGUUUAACUAAAGAAUUUAUGACAUCACAUAUUUCAUUGAGGCCUAUUUUUUUGAAUAAUUAUUUGAAUAGCUGGAUUGCAUGUACUAUGAGGUGUCUGGUUUUGUUUUGUGUGAACUGCGAUUCGAUUUCAUUUCAUGAUCUUCCCUGUAAAAUAUAUAUAUAUAUAUAUAUAUAUAUAUAUAAUCAGGGUAGAAACAUCUUGAAUUUUCCACAACGGUUCAUAUUUGAAAAGUUAUGUCGUUUUGCUCUGAAACAUACUUGUUUUCUUGUUGAGAAUUGAUCACAGUGAAAGUCAAUACCAGAAGAAAACAAAUGACAGAAUCAUUUCAUAAAUAAGUGCUCCCAUGUUCUGUUAAUUUAUCAUUAAAAUAACCGUUUAGGUCAAUUUGAUUUGGUCAGUUACUAAUAAAACAGAAUCCGUUUGAUUUGAAAUGACAUGUUAGGAAAAGUAUUUUGUUGUAUUCUGAGCAUGCCUGUAAUUUCUCAAUGUUCCAUUUUAAUAAACAGGUUUUACUCUUUACA